AAAGCCUCGACUCUUUCACUUCAUCGUUUUCCCAUCCCGCCAUUUUUCUGCAAAGACGCAUUUCUCUCCUCCCUGACGCCAAAAUCAAUCCAACCUCAGACUCCUCUUGUAUCUCUAUCUCCUUUAAAAAAAGUUCAAACUUCACUCCUCAGCAUCAGCUUUUUUACGCGUGAGGGUUCGUUUCCAAAUAUUCUUCUUCCUCUAAGAAUCACAGCUCACUCACCCCAGCUGACCCAGGCACUAGCAACAAUCCUAAGUUGACUUAUUGGUGCUGUAGCGUCUGCGCAGGCAGCUGGGAGGACACAUCAAAGUAAUCCGAUAAAGGUGGGCUCUCUGUCCUAUAUCUUUCUUCAGAAUUUGUUGUCAACCGCAUAGUUUUCAAGUAACCAUAUGGUCCAAUAGACAGAAGACCAAAAAGAGAAAAAGAUAUGUCCAGGCCUUUCUAAACAAAGACAAUUCUUACAACACAAAAGAGAUGUACAAGAAUGUUAUAUGUCCAAUCUAUAAACAUUUCAUACCCAUUACAUCACAAAGAUCCAAGUCUGUACAUACAGACUGCAAAUACUUCCUUAAUCUGGAAGGGGCAGUGGCAAGCCAGUUUGCUUCAAUAUUGCAAGCUUGUAGUGAUCAUUCUCUUAUCCAACAAGGCAGACAAGUUCAUGCACAUGCUAUUUGCAGUGGACUUGUAAAAAACAGCCUUGUUGGUACAAAGAUUUUGGGUAUGUAUUUUCUCUGUGGGAGCAUUGUGGAUGCUAAGAACAUCUUUUAUCAGCUUGAUUUGCAAUAUACUUUGCCUUGGAACUGGAUGAUUAGAGGGUUUACUAUGAUGGGUUACUUUGAGUUUGCCUUGCUGUUUUACUUUAAGAUGUUGGGUUCUGGAAUUUCACCUGACAAGUACACUUUUCCAAGUGUAAUUAAAGCUUGUGGUGGUGUGAAUAAUGUAAGAUUGGGUAAAGCAAUCUAUGAUACCAUCCAGUUUAUGGGUUUUGGAGUGGAUAUAUUUGUGGGUAGUUCUUUGAUUCAAUUGUAUGUGGACAAUGGUUGUAUCCAUGAUGCAUGGUGCUUGUUUGUUGAAAUGCCUCACAAAGAUUGUGUUUUAUGGAAUGUCAUGCUUCAUGGUUAUGUUAAAAAUGGAGAAUCGAAGAAUGCUGUUGGAAUGUUCUUGGAAAUGAGAAAUAGUGAAAUUAAGCCCAAUGCAGUGACGUUCGCUUGCAUUUUGUCUGUUUGUGCCUCAGAAGCUAUGAUUGGUUUUGGUACUCAGCUUCAUGGGCUAAUUGUUGCUUGUGGGUUGGAGUUGGAUUCUCCAGUGGCCAAUACAUUGUUAGCAAUGUAUUCAAAAUCCCAGUGCUUGUCUGAGGCCCGCAAAUUGUUUGAUAUGAUGCCACGAACUGAUUUAGUGACAUGGAACGGAAUGAUAUCUGGGUAUAUACAAAAUGGGUUUAUGGUUGAGGCUUCACGCUUGUCAAGCUUGUUUCAAGCGAUGAUUUCUUCUAGUGUCAAACCGGACUCAAUCACAUUUGCAAGUUUUCUACCAUCGGUUGCUGAACUGGCUAGCCUCAAGCAAGGUAAGGAAAUUCACGGUUACAUUGUAAGACACUGUGUGCCUUUGGAUGUGUUCUUGAAAAGUGCAUUGAUUGAUGUGUACUUCAAGUGCAGGAAUGUGGAUAUGGCACGCAAAAUUUUCAACCAAAGCACCAGAACUGAUGUUGUCAUGUGCACUGCUAUGAUUUCAGGGCUCGUUCUCAAUGGGAUGAAUAAUGAUGCAUUGGAAAUUUUUAGAUGGUUACUUAAAGAGAAAAUGCGACCGAAUUCUCUAACCUUGGCAAGUGUUUUACCAGCUUGUGCUGGUUUGGUUGCUCUGAAAUUGGGAAAGGAAUUGCAUGGAAACAUCCUCAAGCAUGGGCUUGACGGAAGGCUUCAUCUGGGAAGUGCGCUUACAGACAUGUAUGCAAAAUCUGGAAGAUUGGAUCUUGCUCAUCAAGUUUUUGAAAGAAUGUUUGAAAGGGACACCAUUUGUUGGAACUCAAUGAUAACAAGCUAUUCCCAGAAUGGCAAGCCAGAAGAGGCCAUUGAUAUAUUUCGUCAAAUGGGGAUGGCAGGUGCCAAGUAUGACUGUGUAAGCAUUUCAGCUGCUCUUUCUGCUUGUGCAAACUUACCGGCACUUCAUUAUGGGAAAGAGAUUCAUGGUUUCAUGAUUAGAAGUGCAUUUAGCUCUGAUCUGUUUGCUGAGAGUGCACUGAUAGACGUGUAUGCCAAAUGUGGAAACUUAGUUCUUGCUCGCCGUGUGUUUGACAUGAUGGAAGAGAAGAAUGAAGUUUCCUGGAACAGCAUUAUUUCUGCUUAUGGGAGUCACGGUUGCCUUCAGGACUCUCUUGUUCUGUUUCAUGAAAUGUUGGGUAAUGGGAUCCUGCCUGAUCAUGUCACCUUUCUUGGUAUAUUAUCUGCUUGUGGCCAUGCAGGCCAAGUUGAUGAUGGAAUUUCCUACUUCCGUUGCAUGAUUGAGGAAUAUGGGAUCCCAGCUAGGUUGGAGCAUUAUGCUUGCAUGGUAGAUCUAUUUGGGCGUGCUGGACGUUUAAGUGAAGCAUUUGAAACAAUAAAGAGCAUGCCAUUCUCCCCAGAUUCUGGUGUCUGGGGAACAUUGCUUGGAGCUUGUCGGGUCCAUGGCAAUGUUGAGCUUGCUGAAGAGGCAUCAAGACAUAUUUUUGACAUAGAACCACAAAAUGCUGGGUAUUAUAUACUACUCUCAAAUAUACAUGCUGAUGCUGGAAAAUGGGGGAGUGUGCUUAAGGUUAGAAGUUUGAUGAAGGAAAGAGGAGUUCAGAAGGUUCCUGGGUACAGUUGGAUCGAGGUUAACAACAACACUCAUAUGUUUGUUGCAGCAGAUGGAAGUCACCCACAGUCUGCUCAGAUAUAUUCAAUGCUCAAGAAUCUUCUUCUUGAACUGAGAAAAGAAGGUUAUAACCCUCAACCCUAUCUUCCUACACAUCCACAAACAUCGGGGAUGUAAUUACUAGAAAGUUUCAUUGUCUCCUCUAAUCCUAGCAACUUCAGGAUUAGGAAUAUGGUGCUGGCUCUGUGAAUUAUGGUAAGUCAGGGAAUGAAAGGUUGUUAAACUAUUCUAUUUUACCAAUUGCUAGAUACAUUUUUUAUGUGCGUACUCGGAUCUACAGUUGUCACCGGUAAUGAAUGAAGCUUAAAGUUUUUAUCAUCUGCUUUAUUGCAUUGGUUGGAAGCACAACAGUGAAAGUUAGAUGAAUCAAAAGUUCUUCCUAUACAAAACUCUGAAGCUAGAUGUGCUUGGGUGAGAAUAAACAAAUAUCAGUUCUUAUCAACAAAGAAGUAAACUAAGAUCGCUGGCCUCUUAAUUUGUCUGUUGCCCCUCUCAUUUUAUACUUUAUAAAAGGAUAAUCUUUCCUUGAUAGGUACACAUUUGAUUUCUUGCUUCAGUGCAUUAUGUAGGAUAGAGAUACUAGUGCAUCAAAAAAAAUUUAUUUUUAUUUUCUGGCCAGGGAACAUGAAACGAAUUUUUGUGAAACUGUAUGCUGUUUUGUUUUUCCUUUCUUGACAUUUUAAUUAGAGUUUUAGGGAGAAAAAAGCUAUAAUCAUUUUCAAAACUGAUCAAGUGUGUAAUUAUACAUAGCUAACUUAAAGUGUGUAAUUAAGACAUUAAUCCUUUUUUUUUUCUUCUUUGAAUCAUGCCAUAGAACCAGAUUAAUUUUUGGAAAUCAUUGGAACUGAUCAAGUUGGGCUUGAUCUGCUUAGGUUUCCAAGCCCUAAGUUUAUUUAUUUUAGUUAAUUUUAAUUUUAUAUUGUGGUCAGUCUUAUCAUAUACCCAUUUUUCUUGGUAGUUACAGUUGUUCCAGCUUGGGCAUAUGUAUUAUAUUUAUUCCUAUGGCUUAGGUAAGAAAUAAUUGCAAGAUUGUAGCUUUUGGUCUGAAAAUUACUAUGUUAAUUUUUAGGCAGAUAAGUCUCUGAGGUUUGAACCCUUUGCUCUCUUUCAUUUUAGCGUCUUCAGCUAUAGAAUUAGAGCUUCAAGUAGGUUUCUGUAUUUUGUUAACCCUUCCUUUUGCGUUAUGUGAGAAUCUCUGGAAGUGGUCAUUGUUUUGGGGAGUGGAAAGAUUGGUUUGUUUUGCAGGAGAGGAGGCAAAUAUGUGGUCAAAAAUUUAUUGAAGGAUUGUACUGGAGAAUCCAUUUGCUGUUGUGGGUACUGAGAUGAGCGUUCGACACAUGAU